CAUUCCUCCAAUUAAUUACUGCAAACUUGAGAUAAGAAAACCAUGUUAGACAUGGGAUCAGACCCAGAUUCAUCAUCUGAUCACUGUUUCACCACCUUUUUCAAUGAUUCCUUAUCCAACAAUAACAACAAUAAAAUACAAAGGAGGUUCACUAAUCAACAGAUCAAAUCACUCGAGACCAUCUUUCAAUCCGAAUCCAAACUCGAACCUCGUAAGAAGUUGCAACUAGCUAAAGAUCUUGGAUUGCAACCAAGGCAGGUUGCAAUUUGGUUCCAAAAUAAAAGAGCUCGUUGGAAAUCAAAGCAACUAGAAAGAGAUUACAACAUAUUAAGAGCUAGUUAUGAUUCAUUAUCUUCUAGUUUCGACCUCCUCAAUAGAGAAAAUCAAUCAUUAACCCUCCAGUUGAAGAAGCUGCGUGAAGUGAUUGAAAAGAAAGCAAAAAGCAGUGGCACUGGAGAAAAUUCGAAUAAUUCAAUGGAAGAAAAAACAAGUUUGUCACUGGAGAAAGGAUUAUUGGGCAUUGCAUCGGAUGCUGACAGCAGCAUGAAACCGGAAUACGCAGAACAUAAUGAUGAUAAUGAUAAUAACCAGCUGCUUGUUGUGCAAAAAGGAAGUGAAGAUAAUUUGGAUGAUUUAGAGGCUGCAGAUCAACUGUUAGACGAUAAUACAAGUAGCCAGUGGUGGGACUUUUGGUCUUAAUAUGGAAAAAAUGGAGGGCUUCAAUUCCUUUCUUCUGUAUAUGGUUUAUGUACAAUAAUAAGGCUGGAUCAAUUGAUUAUAAUCUACUAUCAAGAGUAUUAUUAUUAGUUUAA